AUGCAGAAGCUCAUCAUAGUUGUUACCUGUUUGGCUGCCAUUGCCUUGGCGAUGCCGUACAAGCCGGUUGCCAAACCAGAGUAUGAAGAAUCCAAGGAUAUCCAUGCCCCCGCGCAGUACAAGUUCGAAUACGGAGUCAAGGAUGACCACACCGGGGACCAUAAGAGCCAGUGGGAAGAACGAGAUGGAGACCACGUGAAGGGACAGUACACCCUGGAUGAUGUCGAAGGUGGCCAACGUAUCGUUGAGUACGAGUCCGAUGGCCACGGUGGGAUCAAUAUUCAAUUUAAGACCGUUAGUGGACACGGGUCGGCUGCGAAGAACAAUUUCUAA